UAUCUGCCAUUGUAUUUCUCUUCCAUUUACGGCCAGUGCGAAAAAGGCUCGUAUUUCGGUUAUAAGAGGCGACAAGAUCACCUGAGGAAAAUGAAGUAAUGGCGAUCGCGUCGAGCCGAGGAGACAAAGCAAUGGACGAUAUGGCAACCAAAGGAUGUGUCUUUAGAAUCAAGAGCUGUGCUUUCGAUCUUCUAUCAAUGGAGGAAGAUUUGAUUAACGAAGAUAUUGAUGAUGUCUGGUGGGAGAUAAUCAGCAGGGAUCUCCGUCUCAAAUCAACUUUCAUGUACUGUGAUCUCAGUCAUGUUAUCUCUAGUUCUUGCGAUGAACAGAAGCGGAAUCUUACUGACCUUGGUAGCAUGUUGUUCCACUACAUUGAAAAGCUGGGCAAUGCAGUUAAAAGCAAGGACAUAACUUCAGCACAAAUUUGUCACAGUGAUGUAUCUCUGGCACUGCAGGAACUCAUGGCUGCUCUCAUUCCUGCCCAUUAGUUUUAUUUACAGAAUUUCAAGCGUUUGAAGGGGUACAGUUAAGGCAUGUUCAGUACCUCAAAAAAAUGCAUACUUUGGAUAGGAUUCUUUUUCUUCCAACUAUAUA